UUGUGACAAGUCAGCAUCUAGCGAAUAUAGCAGCCGUGUAUCGGCGCUCGAUCCCGCGAUACAUAGCGGGGAAAUUAAUACGUGCAUCCAGGUGCGGGUGUUCACGUAAAUAAAAAGUGCCGAAACGUCUCCUGUGAUUUCUAUUACUUGUCACGUUGUGACAAGUCAGCAUCUAGCGAAUAAUGUCUCUGUCUGAAACCAUGUAUCAGCGCGCGAUCCUCUGUCUCAUCUCGCGUCAUCAUCUAUGUUUUAUAAUCUUUAUCUUAGUUCAAAUUUUUUUACGCUAUUUGUCAUUUCUAUUCCAUACUACAUGCAUGACAUUAUAUUCAGUCGAUGAUAGAGUUCUUUCGCAGGAGGUGGAAUGUUCGUAGUUAUACAUUCAAAAUUGUGAGCUAUUGGCGGCCUUGCGUGAGCUGCGUGAGCUGCGUGAGCGCUGUCUGCGCGGGUACUGUGUAUCCCUAUAAGAGAGAAUGGGUUGAUUGGUACCAAGCUAGCUUUUAGUUUUUCAUUAUAAUCAGAUGUAUGACUAUGUGAAAUAAAAUCUCUGUUCCGCGAAUACAUGUAUGACUUCAUCAUACCCAUAUCCUAUGGCUCAUCUCGCGGAAUAUAAUAUGCACAGCUGUGUGUCCACGCUAAUAAAAAGGCGACUGUAACAGUCUGUACGAACAUAGUCUUUGAGCGAUAGUACGAGCGACUGCAACCGAAAAAAAGUGCCGGUAAAAGAGCUUGUGUUUGGAAAAGUGCGGUAAAAGAGCUUGUGUCUGAAAGUGUUGGAAAAGUGUUGGAGAAGGCGACCAAACAACAUCAAUAUUAUUUUACUGUGUCAGGCAACCAAAAAACUUGAGGUAAACAAAAAUUCAGUUUUUUUGUAAUAAUAAAAACAUAUUAAAUAAAAUUAAAUAAAUAAAAUUAUUUAUAGUAAAAUGAGACCUCCGACUCCGCCUGUCGAUCUGGCGACCGAGGGCCCCGUCGAUGGCGUGAGGCCACAUGAUCAUCCUGAUGUUUAUUGGUUGCUGUUGCGGAGCACAUGUUUGAUACAAAUAUCAGACGAUCCAAUUAUGGUGUCACGAUUCUUCCCGUGGCAUAAAAUGUGCCGUCAAUGUUAUAACGCCAGACCGAUUAGGGGGAUAAACUCAUACGUAGAAAAAACACAGUAUCACUCAUUGACUUCGCGGCUGUAUAAUGUGCCAUGGGAGGAAAAGAUGUGCUGCAUACGGUGUAACGCUGAACUACUGCAUGCAAAAAGAGCGGUAAGCUGCAGCCAAUGCAUCGAGACGUAUUUGGAUAAGGAGGAUGAUCUCCGAGCGCGAGACCGCGUGCGGAUGAAUUAUGAAUCGGAGAUUACAAGAAGAAACUAAAAAGGUAUAAUUUUAUA